AUGGAAGUUAGUGUAGGCUCAAACCAAUUUUUGAAUGAUGAUGUCAAAGAAAGAGUCAAAAAGUUCUCUAAGGAUUUUGCUGCGGGUGCAUCGGCUGCUGUGGUUGCUAAGACAGUGAUAGCUCCUGUCGAAAGAGUGAAAUUGAUAUUACAGUUACAAAAUGCUCAAACAACACUCGAUGUCAAACAUCGGUAUAAAGGGAUGCUGGAUUGCUUUAUUAGGGUUCCAAAGGAACAAGGAUUUUUUUCUUUUUGGAGAGGGAAUUGGGUUAAUAUAUUACGAGCAUGUGGACAAGAGUCUCUAGGAUUUGCUUUCAAAGAUCUCUUCAAGAAAUGGAGCUUGGACGGUGUGGAUGCUACCAAUAAUCAGACAAGGUUUUUAGUUGGUAAUCUACUUGCUGGUGGUGGCGCAGGUGUCGCCACAUUCAUGUUCAUUUAUCCGUUGGAUUUCGUGCGUACACGCUUAGCCAUUGAUUUAGGAAAGGAUAAAAAAGAUCGUGAGUUCAAAGGAAUGUUCGACUGUAUGCGGAAAAUUGUUCGACACGAUGGAUUUUUCGGACUCUAUAAAGGUCUCUUACCUUCCUUGCAGUAUAUUUUUAUGUAUCGCGGGUCGUACUAUGGGCUUUUUGAUACAGCACAUCCGUAUUUCUCAACUGAAGAUGGAGUGCUGAGUUUUUGGAGAGCCUUUGCUGUGGGACAGGUUGUUACUCUCAUUAGUGCGAUGAUCUCUUACCCAUGGGAUACAGUUCGAAGGAGAAUCAUGAUGACUGCUGGAAAAAAACAGAAUAAACCUUUCGGAACGAUUGCAUGUGCUAAAAACAUUUGGGUGAAUGAAGGUUGGAAAGCUUUCUAUCAUGGAGCUAUGGUGAAUGCUAUGAGAGGAACAGGAGCUGCUCUUGUAUUAGCUCUAUAUAACGAAAUGGAGAAGUACAUGUAA